ACGAGUUAGUCACCGGAUUGUAAUUUAAGAACAAACGACUAUAAAGCAAAAGAGAAAAAAAAGAGAGAACUCAGAACACUUGUGCGACAUUCAGAGUUCACUUCAAGAAAUGUUCUCUGUCAAAAUAGUUUUGCUGUGCUCGGCUAUUUUCGUAUUUGCCGAUGGGAAAAGUUAUGGGAAGAAUUGGUAUCCAAAAAAGUACACGCACUCAAUUCAUAAACGAGUAGAUCCGGAUUAUUGGGAAGAUUUACCACUGGAAGAUAAUUCCUUGUCGGGACACUCGUCAUCUGGAACAAAAAUUUUGAAUUUCCAUAAAAACGAAUUCAUCGAAAAUUCACCCAGGCUCUAUCGCAAAUACAGUCCCUACGAUAAACAUUCAUUAUCUCAAAAAAUAUUGAAACGAAAUAAAAGAGAUAUCAAUGUUAAAAUCAAGAAUCAAAAGACAAAAAAGUACAAUAAGCAUCAAGAUCGUGAAAAAAAUAAGACAAACUCUAAGUACGAGAAAAUGAAAAAAUUUAUUAAUUAGAAAAAUUAUUCUUUUUUCAGUCAAUGACAAAUUGUAAACUUUAUUUACGAAAAAGUAAAUUUGAUUAAAAAUUUUAUAAUUCGUUUUUAUAUUUUCAUAAUAAAGUAGUUUUUUAAUGUUUAAUAAAUAAAUAACUAAAUAAAAAAAAUAUCCGGUUUUUUUUUAAAAAGAAGGGUAACAAUAUCAAAGUAUGAAUUAUCAAAACAAACUUAGAUUUUAUUUAAAUGAAUUUAUUUUUCAAACGCAAUUGAUGUUUUUUAUGCGUUAAACAUUUACAUAAUGAUGAUGGUAAAUCAUUGACUUAAUUUAAUUUCGUCGAUUUUCUCGAUGAACGUCCACCUUCCAGGAUCUGAUAUUUUAUACCU